CCGGGGAACAGGAGAGCGUCCCCGGCGAGCGUUUUAGUAGAAGACUGCUCUCGAGUUUCACCGACUUACUUAGGACCGAGCACGGAGAAAACCGGCGUCAGUCCGCGAGAACGAUUUGCCGAGCGUGGAGGAGCGUGCCGCUUCGAAAGUAACGAAACGCUCGGCCGUAGGGAUCCGACCGUAGAAUAGAAAGAAAACGAAAGAGGAGAAGGAUACGCAACACGAGACUAAAUCCACCUAAAAGUGAUUUUAACAACGUGCGCGAGAUACCGUGUACCGUUGCACGGAAACGUUUGACGAAGAUUCGCGAGAAAUCCGUUAACGCAUGUGCGUUCAGGUUGAAACGAGCGAAAUUACGGGCAAAAAAUAUACGAAAAAGAGAGAAACAUAUUCUCAGAUACGAUAGCCGCUCGAACGAAGAUUAAUCGCUGAAAGAUCUGGCACUCGUGUGUUUUUGUGUCGAAGCGAUCAAUAACCUGAUAAAAAUACGUGGGAAAGGAAGGGACAGAUUUUUAGACACGACUUUAUUUGUUUGUUCGUCGAUGUGGUCUACUUUAGAACGAGCAAAACCGUGGUAAAAAUACGUCGAAGAAAGAGAGAGAGAGAGAGAGAAGCGUAUUUCCAAAUAUCGUGUUUCACAUUAGAAGAAGCAAGAUCGUGAUAAAACGGAAGAACAAAGAGGUAAACACACUUGCAAAUGCACAGUUCUCGACCAAAGAUUCAAAAUCGUAGGAAACUCCGACUACUCGCGACUACUGUAAGAACCGCGUUAAAACAACGAAAAUCGUGGCGAGGAGAAAGAAACGUAUUUCCAAGUGGAAUAGAAAGUUGGUGGAACGUUCGGACGACAGGCUGCGAGGCUGCGUUCCGUCGUUUCUCAUUCAACGUUUGAAAAUAACGUUCGAAGAUAAGGUUCGAAGAUAAGGUUCGAAGAGAAAGAUCGGAGAAUCUGUAAAGAGAGGCGAAGACUCGCGAGAACAAAAGCGAAUUAACCGCGAGCCGGUGGUAAUUAGAAGCGUGGCAGGACUUCCUAGCGAUUCUGCAUGAACCCUGAGGAUAUACUCGGCCUGUGCAACAGGAAGAACGCGAUUUUCGUUUUCCUGUGUAUAGCGGCGAUUUUCGUGCACCUGUUGACGGAGAAGGAGGAGGCGGCGAAAACGGAGGAGCCAAGCGGCCACAUCGUGGACGAGCCAAGAGAGAACUGGUGCUUCAACGACCAGGAGCUGUUCGUGUUUCGAUCGCACUGCAACGAUGUGGAAAACAUUCUAUCUGCUCUUGUUGAUGCUUUUCACGUUCGAUUUCCCUCGCGAUAGGCUCGUCGGAGCCGAGCGUGUUCGAACGAACGCCGAGCUCGUAACCCGAGACGAUGAUCAGAGCCAUCGGAAGGAAACUCGAGGCCGACCGGAAGCCAGGGACGAAAACUCGGGAGGCGUGCUGGUGGGCAAGUGGCGGAACAACGGCGAGGCCUUGGAGCCGAAAUGGCGAGACGGUGACACGGUUCCGUUGCUUCCAUUUUCCCAAUUUUCCCGCUUCUCCCGCGACAAAAUCGACAACAGCGAAGAGGAAGACGACUACGAUCGUCGUGCAGCGAAAUAUCGUCAGAACAACAGGCGAGGGACUUUUCUUCGUUCCAGGAACAGCCCUCGUUUACCGUACAGCGACUACGAAGACCGUGAACUAACGGAAAGCAGGCGCGGAUACCGUGAACGAGAAGAGAUCUUACCGCGGAAGAGAAAUCGACCAUGGACUGGCGAAAACGUGGCUACGUUCAAGGAAACGAGGAAGGAAGACCUAGACAGAGGCUUGGAAGAAGACAAGGAGAUAACAUCAGCGAGAUAUCAAGAGAUAUUUCAAGCACGACCGAACGACUACGAGCACGAAUUCGACGACGAAGAGUAUCUAAAGCCUCGACCGAGGAAAAGGAGGCCACCGCAGAACUACGAAUUCGCUUUGGUUGAAAACGAAAUGUUGCACGAAGGCAGAAGAGGAAACAAUUCUGGAGCUUGGUCGAGAGUAAACGGUGAAGAAAAUGCUGCGGAAGUAGCUAGCAAGGGCGUUGCUCUCUCACAGAACGCCAUGGAAUUGAAGUCGCUGUUGAAGAUGCAACAAAAGGAAGGUCUGAGCUUGUCCGAGAUUCUGCAGCAGAGGAAUCUGACUCUCGAUGAUCUGUUGAAGGGCAAAGCUGACGUGAUCAACGCUCUGAAGAUGAGAGACGUCGACGAGAGCGAGGACUACGAGGAGUCUGCGAAGAUGAUGACCAACUCGUUUGUCAAACUUUCCACCACCAGGAAACCGCAAUGGACGCUCGCUACGGAACCUGUAAAAACGAAGAAUUCUCAGAAGGACGAAGAACUGGUAAUCUCUAUGAUUCCGAUGACUAUCGAAUCGCCAAAGAAUCGGACAAACGCGAGAGCAUCCUUGGACAAAAUAAACAACGGCGAAACGUAUUCAGAAGUAGGAAAUGCAACGGCUGGCAAAUCGUUUCUCGCUAAUGUCGAUCCGCCGCGAGUUAAGAUUACGACAUCGAUGCCGUUGCCGGUUGCAACGAAUUCCAUGGAUCUCUUGCAAGCCGACGACGCCACCGUGAAAUCACCGGGUAGUGGUGAAAUCAGAGCCGAGAGUUUAGACGAGGACGAAAUCAUGGAAUUCUCCGAUUUCACUGAUUACAAGAAAGGACGGAGCGGCGUGUCUCCCGUUUGGCUGAUGAUGAAAGACGAGAAUGUCAGCGGUCCUACCGAACUGGAAACUUCCAAGAGUCACCUCGAGGAUAGAGGAUCCACGUUGAGCAUCGAGAAAAUACUCAGCCCUACGGAACGUUCAAAAUUGACGAACAAUUUGUCUAUGAGUACUGGAAACCAAGAGCAGCUUCUUGGUGAUUCGACUAAUAUUAAUAGAAGCGGAAUACCCAAGGAUGAAGACCAACGCGAGGCCAUGGACCAUUUUGAAGAGGACUAUAACGCUUCUUCCGAGAAGGAAUACCAGAAUGACACGCCAGUGAUAUACUAUGACCUGGAACAGAGCACUCAGAUUAGUAAUUUCACUGAUGAGAACGAUAGGAACAUAAUGCAGGAAUUAGAGUCUGCGUUGGAUGCAAUGUCUCGUGAUAUCAAUUCCACGUUAGAGAAUUCACAUCAAAUUCUUUCAAAGAAUCCACCCGCCAAGAAGGAUGAUAAUGAUAGUCUGAAAAACCAUCAGGAUAGAGAUGCAACGGAGAAAAAGAGUUACGAUGAUAUCGUGUCGGAAGUGGAGCCAGAAGCCCGGGCCGAGAUCUUUGAAUUGUUUGCUUCUGGGUCAGCAGGAAAGAGACUGGAGCGUCUUCUUAAAUCGAGAAAUAUGAGUUUGGAGGAACUGAUCGCGUUGAGACAGAGAGGAUCUAGCAAGGUCCAUUUGGCUCAAGUGUCGCGAAUCAGAGCUCACAAAUCUAACGAUGAAUAUCGAAUAAAAGAUACGGAUAAUUUGAAAGCAACAAAUUCUUUAUCGCCUAAGGAGGACCUCCACGAAGGAAGAGCGAUCGUAAAUCAUGACAACUACGAUAGAGAAGUGGGUAAUUAUUUGUCAGGAUCGACUGAAAAUUCAAAAAGCAUCGAUUCAUUGUCAAAUUCAAUGGAUCUCCAUCCUGAAGAGAUCACGACCGAACGAUCGAUGCCUAAUGCAGAACCAAAGACUAACAGCGAAGAUGCAAAGCUUGUUGAUGCUUCAAAGAUGAAGAACGAGAACGAAGACAAGGAGAGGCAUCGUACAGUGCAGAUUGUUGAUCUGUUGACAACUUUCGAUUCUUUCCCAUUCAUGAAGGAUAUUGAGCGAGAAUUUUCUGGUCAGUAUAAUAACGAAGACAAAAGAAAGUUGCUCGUACAGGAGAGCGACGUUGGCGUGAUGUUCAUCGACAACGACGCGGAAACGAUACGCGUCAACGAUACUUCAAACAUCGUAGAAUCUGGCUUCGUUAAGGAGAUUGUAAAGCAGGAACCAAGUUCUAUCAACGUUCAGACCGUGUACAGCAAAACUAGCAACAUUCUCGGUGAAGAUGAGAACAAGAGCGAGAAAGGAAAGACUCUUUCGAAGGUGAAACCGAGCAUAAUAGCUAGUGGUGCAAUUCUUGGUGUAACUCUCGUAGUUUUCCUAGCGAUAUUUAUUGUAUGCAGGAUCCGACAGAAACAGAAAUAUAGGUACAGCAACACGUUUUCUAGAGCGGUGUUUCAGGGUCCAGUAAUGGCAGCCAGAAAAUUAUCAAAUUCGAGCAGCUUAAGCACCGUGAUGGUCAACGUGGUCGCCACGUCAACGGCGAGAAGGCCAGAGAAAAACGAAAACCAAGAACCUACAGGAGAGAUGGAUCCCAAGAGUGACAUCGAUAAUGACUCGUUAGAUGCUAACGACAGCUGGGAGACCAUACCUGAUUAUAUGAAAUAAAUUGACCUAAAUGUAUUUGUAAUAGUCUUUAGAAAAAUACAGAAAAAGAAAAAAAUAAUAACAGUAUUUUCACAUUUAUGUUAAGUUAAAGCAUACAUAUAUUAAAAAUCGGUUGUAUACUUUAAAUUUAGAUACUCGAUAUGAAAAGCACAAACUACUGCACAGGAUUAAGCAUUAGUGUAAUAUUUUGUAAUGUAAUGUUUUUUAUCUGAUUUGUACACUGAUUUUGUAGAUGUGGGCGAUUGUACAUACGAUUGUAUAGAGCUUUUGAUAAUUAUCCCAAUAACCGAUAAAAUCUAACACAACAUAAAAGAUAUAAGUUCGUGUAACUUUAUAUUACAUAAGAUCUUAUUUUGGAACUUUUAAUAUCGGAAAACGUAGUAAAUUUCUAGUAUUGUAAGCUUAUCUUUCAAAUUUACGUAUAUAAAGAGUAAAACAUAUUUAUUUAUAUAAACAACUCAUAGGCGAAAUAAAUUGCAUUUUAUAUAAAAUACGAAAAUAUUAAAA